AUGGACUCCAACUGCUCCUGUGCCUCACAUGGAUCCUGCUCAUGUGCUGGCUUCUGCAAAUGCAAAGAAUACAAAAGAGCCUCCUGCAAGAAAAGCUGCUGUUCCUGCUGCCCCAUAGGCUGUGUAAAGUGCUCCCAUUGUUGCAUCUUCAAAGAGGCUUCUGAUAAGUGCAGCUGCUGUGUCUGA